AAAGCUCUGGUAAGAAAGUACGCAAACACAUUUUCAUCCAACCUGAAUCCUCGCUGCACAAAGAAAACUGAUUGUAAGUCAUUAUUAGUUAAACUGCGUCAUCAUGUGGCUUCCAUUGCUGGUCGUGGUGGUGGUGCUGAUCUUCUUGUACAGGUGGCACAAGCAAAGCCAGACACUGGAGAAUCUCUCUAAUAAAUAUGUAUUGAUCACUGGAUGUGACUCUGGAUUUGGAAACCUGCUCGCAAAGCAGCUGGAUCAGCAUGGGAUGCGGGUACUCGCAGCAUGUCUGACAGAGAAAGGAGCUGCCAAUCUAAAACAAGAGACCUCCAGCAGACUGCAGACAGUAAUCCUGGAUGUUACUGAUAGUCAAAGUGUGAGCGCUGCUGCAAAAUGGGUUUCAAGUAUAGUUGGAGAUGCAGGGCUGUGGGGUCUAGUGAAUAAUGCUGGAUUUGGGCACGCAAUUGGCCCUAAUGAAUGGCAAAGAAAGGAAGAUUUUGCCAAGGUGCUGAAUAUCAAUUUUCUGGGUUUGGUGGAUGUGACGCUCAACUUGCUGCCUCUCAUCAGAAGAGCUCAAGGACGCAUUGUUAAUGUUUCAAGCUGUUUUGGAAGACUGGCUACCGUUGGAGGUGGCUACUGCCCCUCUAAAUAUGGUGUUCAAGCUUUUUCCGACAGUUUAAGAAGAGAAAUGCGGGAUUUUGGUGUCAAAGUUUCCAUCAUAGAGCCCGGUGCUUUCAAAACACCAAUGAGUUCUACCGAGCCACAUUUAAACAACUUGAAGCGUUUGUGGGAAAAUGCCCCUGCUGAGAUUAAGGAAGCAUAUGGAAUGGCGUUUUACCAGCAAAAAUACAAUUCUUUGGAGAUACUAACAAGCCGUACCAGUACCAAGUUAAACAAAGUCACAGACUGCAUGGAACAUGCCCUGACUGCUGUUUACCCCUGGACAAGAUACUCUCCUGGUUGGGACGCCAAGUUCUACUACCUGCCUCUUUCCUAUCUUCCCACUGCCAUAUCUGACUACGUGUUAACUCGUUCUGCUGCUAAACCUGCUCAGAGAGAAAAGUAGACAUGAUUAUUCUAAUAACUUUGUAAAUUGUUUCAUUAACCACCCAAUCGCUUUUAAAAAUAGAAGAGGCACGCUGAGUAAUUAAGGUGUUUAUUUCUCAAGAUUAUCUUAAAUGGUAUCUCAAUUAUAAGCUAUCUGGAAGUUUAUCCUGUUCACAUAAAAUGUCCUAUGCCAUUGCCUUAAGACCAAGUUGUAGUGUUUAGGUGGCACCAAAUAAACUCCUUGACCACCAAUGACUACGUUAGAACUUUACUUAAGAGUUGCUGCACAUUUAAGUUUUAAAGGUUCUAAGUAGACUUGUGCAUUC